AUGUCCAACUUAUCAAAUACUAUAGGGUUAUCUUAUACUACACUUUCUAAUCACAAAACUCUUGAAAUAAAACAGACACAAUUAUUAAAAAGACAAACCUCUCUAGAUAGUUUCUUGUCAUAUGAGGGUGUUACUAAAAGCGAAUGUUUUGACCCAGAAGAAUCUGAUGAUAAUAUAAUUCCUGAACAAAAUAAAACAUCAGCAGAAGCAUCUUCAUUCCCUACUAGGAUGCAGUUGCCAAGAGCAAAGCGUAAGAAUAAUGUUAUGUAUAUGCAAAGUGUAUAG